AUGGACCUCUCAAACCUCUCCAGCAACUGGAAGAGGCUUCAGCAGACUCUCCCGAAAGCCUCGCCCGCGUCACAGUCGAAACCCGCCAAUCCGCUGAAGCGCAAGAGCUCAUCCGAGCAGCAGAACGGCGUCCAGAAGCAAAUACCAGUACAGAAGCACAAGGCCCAUGCUACCAACAGCAGCAGCAGUCUCCCACCCCCUAAGAAACGGAGAAUGGACGACCGCUACCACUCCGAUUUCCCCGGUGCCUCUACAAUAAUACCUCGAAAAGACCAACCCAACCCCGCCGCCCUCCUCACGCCCUCCCCCCUCCACCCCGACAUCCCUAACGAGGGUCUCUCCGCCACAGCUACGCCGGGGAAAUAUGUCGCCCUCGACUGCGAAAUGGUCGGCAUAGGCCCCACCCCGGACCAGGACUCGCAGCUCGCGCGCGUAUCCCUCGUCAACUACCACGGCCACCAGCUCUACGACUCGUACGUGCUGCCCGUCGUCCCAAUCACCGACUACCGCACACACGUGUCCGGUAUAACACCCCUAGCGCUGGAAAACGCGCGGCCGUUCAAUGUCGUGCAGAAAGAGGUAGCAGCGUUGUUGGAGGACCGGAUACUGGUGGGCCAUGCGCUGAAGAACGAUCUCAGUGCGCUAAUAAUGCCACACCCGAAGCGGGAUAUCAGGGAUACGUCAAGAUACCCGAAGUUCAAGGAGUUGGCGAUGGGGAAGACGCCCGCGCUGAGGAAGCUGGUGGAUCAGUUGCUGGGGCUGAAGAUUCAGGCGGGGGAGCACUCGAGUGUGGAGGAUGCGAGGGCAACGAUGGUCUUGUUUCGGUUGGAGAAGGAGGGGUUUGAGGCCGAGGCCGUGAGGAGGUUCGGCAGGCAAUUGGUGGCUGUCAAGGUGGAUGGAGAGGGCGCAGAGGAGGGACCGUCGAAGAAAAAGAAGAAAAAGAAGAAGAAGAAGAAGAAGAAGAAGAAGACCUGA